GUUCCGUGGGGGCGCCCGUGAGAGUGAAUUUUCGAGUAGAAGGUUCCGAUUCUCUUCCGAUGCAGGAGCUUCCAUGGAUGCCUGAAUUCGAAGCUUGAGUCGGCAUCAAUGGCUAUCAUCGUCAUCCCCUUCUCUGCCUCCUUGCACGCUCCUCUCGCUUCUUCGCCUCCACUCCUUCGCAUCGCCAAGCUCGCCGCAGCAACCUGCGCUCGUCGUCUUCGGUGCUACAGCAGCAGCACCACGGUCCAGCUGCGGCAGCAGCGACGGCAACAAGAAGAGCGGAAUCAGCUGCGGAGCCCCGACCUCGUCGCCCUAGAGUACGCGGACCUCAAUCUCCCUCACAAGCUCUCCGAGGAAUUGGGUAAUGUCAGGAUCAGGCAACAUGUCAAUCCUCUCAGUUCUUCCUUCUCGAUGCCUGCCCAAGCGCCGAACUGGGACGAGGUUUUGGAGGACCCGACCUUGCCUUUGAUGGUGGACAUUGGGAGCGGCAGUGGCAGAUUUCUCCUGUGGCUUGCAAAAACAAAUCCCUCGGGAAACUAUCUGGGACUGGAAAUCCGGCAGAAAGUAUGGCAUGAACACUUUGUGCUUCUAGCACACUCAGCAAUGACUCUGAUUCUUGCUAAGCGUGCAGAAUGCUGGGUAAAGGAGCUGGUUCUAAAGAACAUACACUUUAUGUAUGCAAAUGCCACAGUUUCUUUCAGACAUAUAAUAUCCACUUACCCAGGUCCUUUGAUGUUAGUUUCUAUCCUUUGUCCAGAUCCUCAUUUCAAGAAAAAGCAUCACAAGAGAAGGGUUGUGCAAAAGCCUUUGGUAGAUUCUAUUUUGGAUAGUCUAGCGCCUGGGGGAAAGGUAUUUAUACAGUCUGACGUGCUCGAAGUGGCUGUUGACAUGAGGAACCUAUUCGACGGGAGAUGCGAUUUGCUUCAACAUGUCGAUUCCAUCGAUCCAACGAUUUCGUGCGACGUGGAUGGAUGGUUACCGAGAAAUCCAAUGGGCAUCCGAACAGAGAGGGAAAUUCAUGCAGAGUUGGAAGGUGCUAAGAUAUACAGAAGAAUGUACCAGAAGCUGGUGUAAUUUCAGGGUAGGGUUUCCCAAGGAUUAGAUUAUUUUGUACCUGCUUAUGCAGGAAAAGAUCCGAGUUCUUUGUAGUUCUUUAGGUGUUUUGAUAAGAACCAUGUUGCCACCUACUCUUGAACUACUCCACUACCCUCUCUCCUUCCAACUACUCCAUCACCAUCACCCUCUCUGCUCAGCAACCUAAUGCUGGCUUCGAAAUU